GAAGAGGGCGGAGUAAUACUACAUUUCUUUUUUGAGUUCUGACCUGCAGUAAAGUAGAGAAAAGUUUCGAAGUUGUCGGGGGUGUUUGAAUGCGCACUGCGGCCGGGUCAGUGCUGCGGAGAAAAAAUAUAUAGAUAUUACAGAAUUGGACUAUAUUCAGUUAUUCGUCUUUGCCCAUAUUUUAACCAGCACGUGUGUUUGUGUUUUAUCCAACUUUAUGUCGCUAUCCCAUUUCACCGUGAUUUCUUGGAACUUUGACCAUUGUGUGAAUUUUUAAUGGAUGAAUUAUUGCGAACAAUUUGAAGAGAAGAGUCGGAACAAAUUUCCAUAAGGAUGGGGAAUUACAGUAUUUGGAUAUUAAUGUGGAUUUUAUCCCUGACCCACUAUUGUGAAGGCCUCCGCUGCGUGGAUACACACCAGCCCUGUGAAAAUGGAGGAAUGUGUAUCGAGUCCACCUCACGAUGCGUGUGCCAGCCCGGCUUCAUCGGACCCCUGUGCCAGUACCAGGAUCCCUGCCACCGCUCGCCCUGCCUCAACCGAGCCGCCUGCAGGAGCCAGGUGGUCAAUGGCAUGGCCCAGCACACCUGCGUGUGCCAGCGGGGAUUCCGAGGCCAGGACUGCUCCCUGAUUGACCAGUGUGCCACCAGCCCCUGUGCCAACGGCGGCCGCUGCAUCAACUGGAACAACCGCUACAACUGCUCGUGCCCGCCCGGCUACCAGGGCAAGAACUGCCGCAGCGACAUCGACGAGUGCCUGCGGCCGGGCGCGUGCCUCCACGGGGGCACGUGCGUCAACGAGUUUGGCUCGUACCGCUGCCAGUGCCAGGCUGGUUUUAGCGGCCGGGCCUGCGAGGUGCCCUCACUGCCCUGCGCCCCCUCCCAGUGCCUCAACGGGGGCACCUGCCGACCCACGGGCAAGCUGAGCUACGAAUGUACCUGCCUGCCAGGGUUUGAAGGACAGAACUGUGAGGUGAACGUGGAUGACUGCCCGGGACACAAGUGCAUGAAUGGGGGCCACUGCGUGGACGGCGUGAACACCUACAACUGCCAGUGUCUGCCGGAGUGGACAGGUCAGUACUGCGCCGAGGACGUCAAUGAGUGCCUCAUGCAGCCCAACGCGUGCCACAACGGCGGCACCUGCUUCAACACGGUCGGCGGCCACACGUGCGUCUGCGUCAACGGCUGGACGGGCGACGACUGCAGCGAGAACAUCGACGACUGCGCCACCGCCGUCUGCUUCAACGGCGCCACCUGCCACGAUCGCGUCGCCUCCUUCUUCUGCGAGUGUCCCGUCGGCAAGACAGGCCUGUUAUGCCACUUGGAUGACGCCUGUGUCAGCAACCCCUGCAACGAGGGCGCCGUGUGCGACACCAAUCCCCUGAACGGGCGUGCCAUCUGCACCUGCCCCGCCGGAUUUGUGGGCGGGGCCUGCAACCAGGACAUGGACGAGUGCUCUAUCGGCGCCAACCCCUGUGAGCACUUCGGCAAGUGCGUCAAUACCGAGGGCUCGUUCCUGUGCCAGUGUGGGCGGGGCUACACUGGCCCGCGCUGCGAGAUCGACAUCAACGAGUGCCUGUCCAUGCCCUGCCAGAACGAUGCCACCUGCCUGGACCGCAUCGGGGAGUUCACCUGCAUCUGCAUGCCAGGGUACAUGGGUACUUACUGCGAAGUGGACGUGGAUGAGUGUGAAAGCAACCCCUGUGUCAACGAUGGCAUCUGCAGGGACAUGGUCAAUGGCUUCACCUGCACCUGCCAGCCAGGAUUUACCGGGGCCAUGUGUCAGAUUGACAUCGACGAGUGCGCCAGCACGCCCUGCAAGAACGGAGCCAAGUGCUACGACCGGCCCAACGGUUACGAAUGCCGGUGUGCUGAAGGGUUCGAGGGUGCCCUGUGCGAGAGUAACAUCGAUAACUGCCAGCCAGACCCCUGUCACCACGGCACCUGCAUCGACGGCAUCGCCAGCUACAUGUGUAACUGCGAGCCUGGCUACACCGGCUACCGGUGUGAGAACCAGCUGAACGAGUGCCACAGCAACCCCUGCCAGAACGGCGGCAAGUGCGUGGACCUGGUCAACAAGUACAUCUGCCAGUGCCGGCACGGCACGUCCGGUGAGAGGCCCCGCCCCACUCUCCCCCGCGUCCGACCCCCUCGAUCCUCAGCGCCGUCAUUGGCUGACGUCUUCGGUAUUCCCACAGGCACCAACUGCGAGAUCAAUUUCGACGACUGCGCCAGCAACCCCUGCGACUAUGGCAUCUGCAAAGAUGGCAUCAAUCGCUACGACUGCGUGUGCAAGCCUGGCUUCACAGGCCCCCUCUGCAAGGUGGAGAUAGACGAGUGUGCUUCAAACCCGUGCCGCAGUGGGGGCACGUGUGUGGAUGAGGAGAAUGGCUUCCACUGCCAGUGUCCCGAGGGCUUCCAUGACCCGCUGUGCUAUUCCGAGGUGGACGAGUGCAGCAGCAGCCCCUGCGUCCAUGGGACCUGCCGGGAUGACCUCAAUGGGUACAGGUGCGACUGUGAGCCCGGCUGGGUGGGCACCAACUGCGACCUAGACCGCAACGACUGCCAGUCCAGCCCCUGCCAGCACGGCGGCACCUGCGUCGACCAGCUGAAUGGCUUCGUCUGCAAGUGUCAACUGGGCUUCCGGGGCCCCCUGUGCCAGAUCAACAUUAAUGAGUGUGCGUCCAAUCCGUGCCUGAACAAGGGCACGUGCGUGGACGGGCCGGCCAGCUUCACCUGCCUCUGCGAGCUGCCUUUCAGCGGGUCCACCUGCACCGACGUCCUCACACCCUGCUCCCCCAACCCCUGCGAAAACCAGGCCAUCUGCAGCCACACCCCCGACUAUCUGGGAUACCAAUGCACCUGCCAGCCUGGGUGGCAAGGUCACCAGUGCAACACCGACAUCAACGAGUGUACGCUGAACCCCUGCAAGAACCGGGGCACCUGCACCAACACCCUGGGCAGCUACAUGUGCACCUGCCGCCCAGGGUUCACGGGCCCCAACUGCGAGACUGACAUCAAUGACUGCCUUCCCAAUCCGUGCCUGAGCGGUGGAUCCUGCACCGAUGGCAUCAAUUCGUUCCGCUGCAGCUGCCUGCCGGGCUUCACGGGGCCGCGCUGCUCCGUGGAGGUGAAUGAAUGUCAGAGCGCCCCCUGUCUGAACGGAGCCACCUGCACCGACUACGUCAACAGCUACACCUGCACCUGCAAGGCCGGGUUCACCGGCAUCCACUGCGAGACCAACAUCCCUGACUGCACCGAGAGCUCCUGUUUCAACGGAGGCACCUGCGUCGACAAGAUCAACGGCUAUUCCUGCACCUGCCGCUCCGGCUUCACCGGGUCCAAUUGCCAACACGAGGUCAACGAAUGUGACACCAAACCCUGCCUGAAUGGCGGCGUGUGCCAGGACGGCCUGGAGGCCUUCCACUGUGUCUGCCCCAAGGGCUACACCGGCAACCGGUGCCAGAUGGCAGUAGACUGGUGCCGGCUGUCCUCCCCCUGCAAGAAUGGGGGCCGCUGUCGCCAGCAGGAUGGCUCGUUCACCUGCGACUGCAUGGGCAGGUGGUCUGGCCGCUACUGCGAUAUCCCGGGCGUGUCCUGCGAGGUGGCCGCAGUGCAGAGAAGUAUCAGGAUCGACCAGCUGUGCCACCACGGCGGCCAUUGCGUCAACACCGGCACGGCUCACUACUGCAAGUGUCCCACGGACUACACGGGCAGCUACUGUGAGAGCCAGGUGGACCACUGUGAGGAUAAGCCCUGCCGCAACGGCGCCACCUGCAGGGCUUAUGUGGGAGGAUACAAUUGCGAGUGUAUCCCAGGGUACCAGGGAAUGAACUGCGAGAUCGAGAUCAAUGAAUGUCAGUCGCACCCGUGCCAAAACGGGGGCUCCUGCAUCGACCUGGUCGGCCGCUACAUAUGCUCCUGCCCCCCCGGGACCCUGGGUGUCCUGUGCGAGAUAAAUGAGGAUGACUGCAGUCCCUCCCCGAGGUUCCGGGGGACACCCAAGUGCCUCAACAACGGGACCUGCGUGGACCAAGUCGGGGGGUACCGGUGUAACUGCCCGCCUGGGUUCACCGGCGAGCGCUGUGAAGGAGAUAUUAAUGAGUGCCGCUCGAACCCGUGCAGCCCUUCCAGUAGCCUAGACUGUAUCCAACUUCCAAACGACUACCAGUGUAUCUGCAAGCCAGGUUUCACAGGUCGAAGGUGUCAGAGCAGAUUCAGCGUCUGUGAGUCUCAACCUUGCCAGAACGAGGGCUUCUGCUCCCUGUCCCCAAGCAGUACCCUGGGGUACACCUGCACCUGUCAGCCUGGCUACACAGGGCUUAACUGCGAGCGCAGCCCACUGUCAUGCCGGGAGCUGUCCUGCUACAAUGGCGGCAGCUGCGUGCUGACUCCUCGCGGCCCGCUCUGCACCUGCCACCCGGGCUUCACCGGGCCCGACUGCCAGCUUCGCAGCUCCGACAGCUGCUCCUCCCAGCCGUGCCGCAACGGCGGCGUCUGCGCCGAGGACUCUAGCUUCCCCUACUUCCGUUGCCAGUGCCCCACCGGCUGGGCGGGCAAACGCUGCGAGCUGCCUGUGGAGCCCAAACCCGUGUGUCCGCUGCCCGACUGCCACGGCAAAGCCAAUGAUGGGGUCUGCGACAAGGAGUGCAACACCUACCCCUGCAAGUGGGACGACGGCGACUGCUCCCUGGCCAUCAACCCCUGGGCCAAAUGCGACGACCCGCAGUGCUGGCACGUCUUCAACAACAGCCAAUGCGAUGAGGCCUGCAAUCGACCUGAGUGUCUCUUUGACAACUUCGCCUGCAACAACAGACCCAGGACAUGCAACCCCAUCUACGAGGCUUACUGUAUCGACCACUACGGCGAUGGCCGCUGCGAUCAAGGCUGCAACACAGAGGAGUGUGGCUGGGACGGGCUGGACUGCGCCGAGAAGGUUCCCGAACAUUUGGCCGACGACGUCCUGGUUAUUGUGGUUCUGCUUCCACCGGAGGAGCUGCUCCGGACCGGCACCGCCUUCCUGCAACGCCUCAGCUCCAUCCUGCGCACAACGUUGCGCUUCCGCCUCGACCGCAACGGCGAGGCCAUGAUCCGGCCGUAUACACGCCAGGGCCCCCGCCUGAAACGCGAACUCACUUCUCACGAGGAAGUCAUCGGGUCCAUCGUGUACCUGGAGAUCGAUAACAGGCUAUGUACACAGGACAGCUGCUUCCCCACAGCCAACAACGCCGCAGAGUACCUGGGGGCACUGUCCGCGGUGGACAUGCUGCGGCUGCCCUACCCCAUCAAAGAAGUCCGCAGUGAGAAACUGCCCCACCCUCCCACGGAAGUGCCAGAGUGGGGCAAGUUGCUGCUGGUGGGCGUGGCGGCGCUCUUCCUGCUGGUCAUCCUAGUGCUGGGCAUGUUGAUCGCCCGGCGCAAGCGGGAGCACAGCACGCUGUGGUUCCCCGAGGGCUUCCUGCUCAAGAAGGAGGCGGCCAGCAACAAGAGCCGCAGGGAGCCAGUGGGCCAGGAUGCCCUGGGCAUGAAACACAUUCCCAAGACUGUGGAGGAGUCCCUGCUAGGAGACCACAACGACCAGUGGCUGGAUACAGACUGCCCCGAGGCGAAGAGGCUGAAGGUGGAGGAGCCCAGUGUCAUGUCGGACAGCGAGGACGCCGUGGACUGCCGCCGCUGGACCCAGCAUCACCUAGCAGCCGCCGAUAUCCGCAUGCCUCCUUCCAUGGCACUCACGCCUCCCCAGGGAGAGUUUGACAGCGACUGCAUGGACGUCAAUGUCAGGGGCCCAGACGGCUUCACUCCCCUGAUGUUGGCAUCCUUCUGUGGCGGGGGGCUGGAGACGGACGUGGCGGAGGAGGAGGACGCCGAGGAGUCAUCAGCCAACAUUAUCUCGGACCUGAUCUACCAAGGCGCUUCGCUUGCCGCGCAGACGGACCGCACCGGAGAGACGGCGCUCCAUCUGGCCGCCCGCUACGCCCGCGCCGACGCCGCCAAGAGGCUGCUGGACGCCGGAGCCGACGCCAAUGCGCAGGACAACACGGGCCGCUCGCCGCUGCAUGCUGCCGUGGCCGCGGACGCACAGGGCGUCUUCCAGAUUCUGAUCCGCAAUCGGGCCACCGACCUGGACGCCCGCAUGUACGACGGCUCGACGGCUCUGGUCUUGGCUGCCCGGCUGGCCGUCGAGGGCAUGGUGGAGGAGCUCAUCACCUGCCACGCCGACGUCAAUGCUGUGGACGAGCUUGGUAAAUCGGCCUUACACUGGGCGGCUGCUGUCAACAACGUGGAGGCGACGGUGGCCCUGCUGAAGAACGGUGCCAACAAGGACAUGCAGGACCUCAAGGAAGAGACGCCACUGUUCCUCGCGGCACGGGAGGGCAGCUGUGAGGCCGUGCGCAUCCUGCUGGCCCAUUUCGCCAACCGCGAGAUCACGGAUCACAUGGACCGGCUGCCGCGCGACAUCGCGCAGGAGCGCAUGCACCACGACAUCGUGCAGCUGCUGGACGAGUACAACACCGUCCGCAGCCCACAGGGGGCGCACGCACUCUCGCCACUCAUGUGCCCGCCCGGCGCCUUUGCUUCCGGCCUCAAGCCCACGCCGCAGGGCAAGAAGGGCCGGCGGCCGCCAGGGGCCAAGGGGGCAGGGCUGGUGGGGCCACAGGGCGGGCUGAAGGAUGCGGGUAAGGCACGGAACCGGAAGCUGACGCUGGAUAUGCAGAGCUCACUGCUGGAGAGCUCAGUCACACUGUCCCCUGUCGACUCACUGGACUCGCCACGCGGCGGCGCCAGCAAUGCCGGCUACGUCACCAACCCCGCCUCCCCGGCUGCCAUGCCCUCCCCGGGCCUCUUCCACCCCUCCGUGUCGAUGCCCGGCACCCCCAUGGUGCAUGGGCUGCUGGACGCAGCGGGCGGCCCCUUCGCUGUCUCCAUGGCGCAGCUGGGCGACCUUGCCGACAGCGCGCUCUCCAUGGGACGCAUCCCCAUGCCCUCAGUGGCCCCCGGCCCCCCAGGCUACGUGCUGAACGCCACCCAGCUGGGGCUCAACCUGGGCAUGGUGAGCCCGGUCAGCGUGCCCUUUGACUGGCACGCCCGUGUGCCCACCACCUCCCAGUGCGGCCAGCAGGUCGUGGGCCUGGUGCACCCUCCCACCAGCACCCAGGCUGGCGUGGCCCCCCAGGGCUCAGCCCUGCAGCAGCAGCAGGCCGCCCUCCUGCACCAGCAGCGGUUGUUCCACGGCUCCCAACAGGCCCUACUGCAGCCCACGCCUGUGUCCCCGCCACAGUCGCUGAGCCCCGUCAAGCUGCCCUCCAUCGCCGAGCAGCACAGUCUGGCCAGCCAGCAGAGCAUGACCCGCAUGGGCACGCCGACCCCACCCACUCCUCAGCAGGCUCCGCCCCCGCCCUUCUUCAAACAGCAGCCCGCCCAGGCUCCGCCCCCACAGCCUGAGCAACCUCAAGCCCCAACCCCGCAACCUCCACCCCCGCAGGCUCCAAGUGCCAAUGCCAGCAGCGGGGCGGGCCUGGAGGACUACCCGACUCCACCUUCUCAGCACAGCUACAGCUCCGCCCUGGAUGCCACGCCCAAGCAUUACCUCCACCUGCCCAACGAGCACCCAUACCUGACGCCGUCACCCGAGUCCCCCGAGCCCUGGUCCAGCCCCUCCCCGCACUGCGUGUCCGACUGGUCAGACUCCACCCCCAGCCCGGCCGUGGCUGCUCCCGCCCAGACACAGAUCCCACACGUCCAGGAGUCCAACAGCAAGAUGCAGGUGUUUGCGUGAAGUCGCCACUGGACCAUGAGGACCUGUGUGGGGAAGAAAAAGAAAAAAAAAUCACAGCUCACUGUAGGAGUUGUCAUUUUUUUUAAUGAAUAUAAAUCUGUCACCCCCUUUCCAAGAUUUUGUUUGGAUUCGGAUUGACUGUAUUAUCCAAUGAACUGUUAGCUUGGCUUUGCAAGCGAACAGGAGGUAAAAUUAGUAAAGGAAAAUGUCUGUUGUCUUAAAAAGAAGACAAUUUAAUGAAGUAAGACUUAUUCUGUCAAAAUGGACUUUUUGUAAUAGAAAAAAAAAGUAUAUGAAGAAAUUUGAAGUCUUUAAUUUCAAAGGCAGGGGAGGUUUUCCUGAAACUAACAAACUUUUAAAAAGUAGAUGAAGAGAAAAGCCAACUAUUGCGGGAAAUUCCUCCCGCGUCAUUUUUAUUUAUUCCUCUUCGAUCGUUUCUCCCGAGUACAUUUCAGACGCCUGCUCCCUCUUUCAGAGAAAUCUCUCCUUCAAAUGCGGACCGAACCCCCCAUACAGCUGAACGCCACUCAUCAAAUCGCAACACGCUCAACACCGAUUGGUCUGCGCUCCAUCCCAAUCCAGAACUCGUCAAAUAAAACGGUAUACGGUCAACAUUUAGAGUGGAGACUAUUACAAAGGCUUGUCCUCUCCUGCUAAUUCAAGCUAAAAAUGUGUCAGAAUGAGGGAGAUCAUUUGCCAGUUUUGACUGAUUAAUUUCUUUAAGUAUUUAUUUAGGCCAAACAGACAACAACAGUAGCUUGAUGUAACACAUAGACUUAAAAAUGGCCAACAGUAGGGUUUUGUACUGAUCAGAGGAGGAUCUUUUAAAAUGAACAUUCCAGAUAGGUAUUAUUUGUUUGUAUGGAUGUAGGGGGCAUUUCUGAAGCACUUGCUGGGUGUGCGGGGUGGGGGAGGGGGGCGGCUGACGGCUGUGAUAGCAAACGGUCAACAGGCCAUUUCAAUAUUAGCGUGAGUAUUAGCAAAACAGCUGUUCACUGUUUGGUAUGGGGAUGAACCACACAAUUAGGGGUUUCUCACUGGCUGCUCUAGACCCCCCCCCUCCCCCGUCCAGGUGGGAUGAACCUCUUCUGCCCCAGUAUCCCAGCCAUGGUAAGUUAGUCUACUGGCUAAGGGCAUUUACUCCAUUAUUAAAUACCAGUUUUCCAGCUGUCAGUCUACCUUUGUGGUUUGCAUUUCACUGCCUGAUUUACGUUUUUUUUUUUUCCUUUGGACGUGUUUGAAUUUUUUUGUUUUGUUUUGUUUGUUUGAGGCCAUGGACGGCGUCGCCAUGGCGAUCAAAGCUAUGUUUACCAGCUGCUGCUUUCUGUCACACAGACAUUCCGGUCUGUAGGUCCCACAGACUCCUUGUGUUGCGCUUUAGUGAAAUGUAGCUGGGCUAUGGUGGCAGCACUGGGACAGUAAACCAUACACACCCCCCCCCCCCAUCAAGCCGCCAUGUCAUUGCUGGGGACACAUUCCCGGCCGUCUGCUACUGACCUCAUCUAAAUCAGAGCUCACUUCCUCACAGUUGCUGCCGAAAUCACCACUCCCUCUAAAGGAGCCCCCGCCUCCCGCCUCAUCUCAUCGCCUCACUUCCUGUUGAGGCAUGUAGUGGCUCUGCCCAUGUGACACCUGGCAGAAGGGAUGGAGGCAUUUCUGCUGGGGGGGGGUUAUGUCAGAAGCUGGGGGCAGAGCUAACACUACUAUGUAGUGUCAUACAUCAUUAUCAUUUGAGUCUCUCUCUCUCCGGCAGCCAAUCCCAUGGUCCUUCGGAGAAUGGGCGGGGCCUCCCACACCAUUGUUCUUCUUCUUGUACUUCCCCAUCCACCAGCCCGCCUACUGUAACAAUACGUGAUCCCGCUGUUAGUUUCCCAUUCCUCUCCACUGCUAGGGGUCAUUUGAUAGCCCACAAGCGGUCUGAAUCCUCACCACGGAAUCGGCCUAGGGGCUGAGGGGUUGUAACCGUUUGCAGACAGGACACCCCCUUUGAGUGCGUGGCCAGCUCAGUGCCUCGGUCCUGCCACACCAGGGCUGGGUGUCUUUAAAGUGCAUUGUGUGGUUUUUUCUUUCCCCACCGGGAAAACCAGAGAUAAGCAAAGGACUGCCAUGUGCACCAGCGGUGUACAGACACGCAAAUGCAGUUUUGUUUUUUGUUUUUUUUAACUUGCUCUUCAUUUGUCAUUCCAUCGCUACACUGUGCAUGUCGAGAAACUCGAUUUUCUGCUUGUAAAUAGUGUUUGUUUGAAGUGGGAUUGUCUGCUUCAAAUGUCUUAUGUUUCUAAAAUGAGUAUGUACUAAAAAAAAAAAACACAAAACGACAAAAAGAACAAACGUUAGCGUUGUUUUCAGACAGAAUAAGGCCAAUACUUGUUUGUUCCUGUAUUACUAGAAACACUUAGAUUUUUUUUUUACGGUUAUUAUUAAUUCUUAUACUUGUUUAAAAGUAGUUUAAAAUCAUUGUACAGGAGCUCAUCUUUACUGUUUGUUUGCAACAGACAAGUUGUAAAAUAAAUUACUUCUAAUAAAAUGUAGGUAACUGCA